GGACGGAUUGGUCAUCGCAUCAGAGAUACCCAGGAAAAAACAAGAUGUUGUCUCGAUUGCAAGCGUUGUGGUUGGUCUGCCUGGGUAUGCUCUGCGUUGGAGUGACGGACGUCAACGCACUAGCACCGUGUGCUGACUGUGAGUUUUAUUACGUGGAAAUAUUCUACCCGACUCAAGGUGUCCCUCUCUAUUCACAACCGUCAUUCAGCGCCGCGGGACAGCUGCUCUUCAACUAUGCUCCGAAAGUCCAUCCGAUUCACGUGUUUCAGGUCGUGGGUGCUGGCAAAAUUGCAGCUAUCGUGAAAGUAAUGAAGCCAGGCGUGAUGUCCAACAUGGUGGUGGAGGUGACGAAUCUUGGGAUGGAGAUCGAUGCUGUGGCUCUUUACUCCUUUGAAGCAUUUGCCCUGUUUGCUGGAGCUCCUCCACCCCUCGCCGUGAAGCCCCUCAGGGUGCUGCCUUGCCCCCGGGUGUACCUGUUAGAGAUGGCUAUCUCUCCUGCCGGAAAUGCCUCUGAAUACCGAACGGUUCUUGGAAAAUUUGCCAAGGAGAUCCUUCAACUGAAAAAAGCUGGAAUCAUCAUGGACGCCUACAAGUUCCUCGCCACUGUCCCGAGCUCUUUCAUGAUCCUUGGCUGUGGAACGCCCACCUUUUACGAUCAGCUGACGCUCAGCAUGGGCAGCUUGGCUGAUGAUUACGGGUCUUUCGAAGUGGGACGUGCCACUGCCCUCACCAAAUGGAACCCUCUAAUCGGUGGCAAGGGUGGAGCCUGUUUCUGGGGUGGAGCCGCGGCAGGCCUCUUUCCUACUGGAAAAAAAUAAUUGAGGUCCAGUAGCGGUUUAAUCACAUCCCGGUUUUGGACACACUGUUCACAAAGUUUACUAUGUAUUUUUAUACCAAACUGUACAUAAGCUUUCGAAACUUGUUUCGACUUAAUCCUUGAUUCAAAGUUUCGUCCUCUAAAUGUCAGCAGUUUCAGCCUGUACAUUUUCUGUUCCGGUUUUGCAGCUGAAUCUUUGUGUGAAGGGCAAUUGUGUGGUGAAGAAUUCAAAACGGCCGCCAUGCGAGGGAUGAUUGAUAAGUACUGAGCCUCGAAUAAUUGCGUAAUUGUGAUAUAUUUUGUUGUGGACACUACAUAAUAUAAUAGGUAUAUCCACACAAAAAGUGAGUCAACUGAGCAAAUGGACAAACUUUAUGAACGUGUAGCGAUCAAGUACUUUCAGAAAAAAAUCCAUCCAUCAGGAAAUGGGUACAAGAUUAUGAAAGUAUACCCCUUUCUAUGUCAGUGUAAAGAGGUGGGAAGCAGAGUUUAAGCUUGGCACGGACAGCCUUGAAGCGCCACGCUGCUAGUUCAGUAGACAUUUCCCAUGAUAGGGUAUAUUCCAUUAUCUCAGAAACUUCUGGAAUGACUAAAGUGUCAGCCUGUUGUAUUCCCAAACUUCAGACAUCUGAUCUUAAAAGCACCAGGCCCAACAUGGCUCAUGAUUAAUGCGAUAUGUUUGAAGCUGAUACACAAAGGUUCUUGGGACCACUUGUGUCUGUAGACGAAAGCACUUACCGUCAAAACAACAGUCGGCAAGUACUUGAUCACUGCAAAUUCCUCAAGUUUCUGAAUCGGUCACAGCUCAAUUGACUCAAGUGGUUUUUUUUUGGAUUUGACUCAAUGCGGCCAUGUUAGUUCCACAACAAACGAUUUCACUUUUCCGCAAUACCUCCUAUGUGAGACUCAAAACUUAUCAAUCAACCCUCGUUGAAGUCGUCAUUAUAGUUUUUUAAUGUUUGUUACUAUGUAGAAUAAACUAGGCUAAACUAGUAAGUCAUACGUUUAUAUUUCAAGUUUUUUGUUGUUGGUUUCUUUUUGCAAGGGGUAUGUGUGGUUCAGUUGUUGAUGUCCCGUAAUUCGCAGUGUAAAGUUGGUUUUCGUAGGCGUUUCAGAAUCACAUAAUCCAGGGUUCGAUUGCCCUUUCACUGUGUUUUCUGUUUGUCAGCACCAUGCUGUGCUAAAUUGUUUGGCUAACCUUCACUAUUCUGUAAUGCUGAUUUUGAUAUUCCCAUUACUUAUAAGGCUGCAUAAGAAAACGUUUCUCAGGCACAGUAUUCUCAAAAGUAGGGUACACAUGAACACGUCUCAGUAAUACGAUAUCAGUUGUGAAGCAUGGGUAACGGUAUACGGUAAAUGGAAAAUUUAAUAAAUAUUUUUUGGUCGACCAAUUCUUGGCAUGAAUUUAAAUGACGAUGCCCGAGAACCACUUCCUUUUUCAGCCAAAUUGGAGCUCGUUUUGUUUGUGUUUUGUUAAGACCAUUAUAAAGUGUUGGCCAAACUGCCCACCAUGAACUGUUCAUAUUCACUGUGAAGUGCCUGUGAACAGGUAACACGGUACUAGUUGACAAUCAUUGUGAUUUUUGUAGUUGUAGGUAUUUACGACACGAAUUUGCCAAAAAUAUAUCUAUGACACUUUCUUCUUGACAUACGACUAUUUUCCUUCAUCACAAUGCAGACCCAGCCAUAUACCAAAUCCAUUACAGAUAUCAAUUUGACUGA